ACAGUAGGAUCUUGAAGUCUCCAUCGUGAAAAUGAUGGGGACUGUGUUGUUUUAAUUUAUUUUUUUCUGUUUCAGAGCAGUCCUGUUUUGAUCUGUGCUCAGUUAUUGAGAUACAGCUACUGCUUUACUGAAGGUCUCUGGAUGGCAGACUCUGAAAAGAAAUGCUGUUUUAAGAGGAAGCAAUUCAAGUUUUCUGCAAAGUCUGAGCAUUUAUGUUAUCUGACUGAACUGACAUCUUGACACCAAAGAUGCUAACAAGGAAGAUUAAGCUUUGGGACAUUAAUGCCCAUAUAACCUGUCGUCUGUGCAAUGGAUACCUGAUUGAUGCUACUACUGUAACAGAAUGCUUGCAUACUUUCUGUAGAAGCUGCCUAGUGAAAUAUUUGGAGGAAAACAACACCUGUCCAACCUGUAGGAUUGUUAUACAUCAGAGCCAUCCAUUACAGUAUAUUGGUCAUGACAGAACAAUGCAAGAUAUUGUUUACAAACUUGUGCCAGGCCUCCAAGAAGCGGAAAUGAAAAAGCAAAGGGAGUUUUAUCACAAACUGGGCAUGGAAGUUCCAGGGGACAUCAAAGGGGAGACUUGUUCUACAAAACAGCACCUAGAUUCUCAUCGAAAUGGUGAAACUAAAGCAGAUGAAAAUAUAAAUAAAGAAACUUCAGAGGAAAAACAGGAAGAAGAUAAUGACUACCACCGAAGUGAUGAACAGGUAAGCAUCUGCUUGGAGUGCAAUAGCAGCAAACUGCGUGGAUUGAAACGAAAAUGGAUUCGUUGCUCUGCACAAGCAACAGUCUUGCAUCUAAAGAAGUUCAUUGCCAAAAAACUCAACCUUUCUUCUUUCAAUGAGCUGGACAUAUUAUGCAAUGAAGAGAUUCUUGGCAAGGACCAUACGCUCAAGUUUGUAGUUGUUACUAGAUGGAGAUUUAAGAAAGCACCUCUACUGCUACAUUAUAGACCCAAAAUGGACUUGCUGUAAGGGAACUUAAUUGUCCUUCUGGACAGAGCUUUUUGCAGAGACUAUCAUCUGGCACCUUCUUAGUGCAUCACUAAUCACAUGACACAAACCAGCUGAAUAAUUUUGGAAGACUGGAGGGCUUUCAAAGUGCGCUGUCCUGAAUAUUUCUUCUAGGGAUAUGUUACCUAGACUUAUGGGCAGACAAUAUUUAUACUUUUUUUGUAUGGAAGAAAGAAGUUUCAACUCAGCAAGACACUACCAGCAUUAAGUUUACAGAUACUGAAAACACUUCACAGUUCCAUGUAGCUCAGCCUGAUUUGUCUCUUACAGUUACACACAGAAAAAAAGUUUGAGUGUUGUGGGGUGAUAUGAAUAUGUUGCUUUUGACACCAAGUUGCUUUAGUUACUUCUUGCAUUCUAAAUCUUUAAAAACUAUAUUUUUGCAAAGUGUUAUUGUCUUACAUAGUAUGCCUGAUUGCAUUGGCUUUAUUCAAGUUACUCUGUAGAGCAUUGAACAUACCUGAUUAUACAGUGACUGGUGAUAAUUUAUUAUGCUGCAUUGAAAACUUAAGAAAAUCUGGGAAACCAGUAAAUUUUCAUUUUUGCCCUGUUAUUGCUCUUCCUCACCUUGUGUUUUAAUAAAGUUUUGAUACUUCUGUAUACGUGUUAAUUUAGUAAGACUAAUAGAAGCAAUUUCAGUUGAUUUUAAUGUGCUGUGAUAUAUAUUUUGCUAUGGUAUAAAUUGCACCACGUAAUGACAAAUACUCACAAGUGCUAGAUUUGUGAAUUUCUUAAAAAAUAAACAUUUAUUAUGUAUUUGUGGCUUGCAGAAAUCAGUUUUUAAUUUAGAGAGAAUUUACUAUCACUAGCUAUUGAAACAGUGGCUCUUGGACAACUUUGGGAGUAUUGCGGAUUUUUCAUUUCACUGAUUAAACUUACGGGCAGCUUUAAAUUUCUUUAGCUGUUUUCUUAUUAAACCAUAGUAUUUUCUGUACUGCAAUUCCAAACUUACAUGGGGUGGGGAGGAAGGGGGAGUCAAGACAAGAUUAUUUUUGCACCUUUUGGCCUUAACUAGUAAUUUUGCUUGCAUCAGCCCUAAUGGAUGCAAGGUAAUACACAUUAAUGUAUGUAUGGGUACAUACAUCUAUAUACACAUAUAACUGUAUAUGUUAUGGAAAGCACCCUCAAUGGCACUUAGCAGGGCUCACUGCACUUUUUGUAAGGCUUUUGGAAAUAAUUGGCUUUUUAAAAACUGUAGUUGAAAGUGAUUUCUGCAAGCUAUAUCCACUAUGUAUCAUCCAUAGUACAAUUGUAAGAACAUUUGUCUGGCGCAGGUGUGAAGUCACUGAAAACAGUGUAUGCCCUAUUAUUGCCAGCUGGAAAUAGUUUACCUAAUUUUUAGAAGAGUUUUCCUAUCAGCUGAAAAUGCUAGUUGCUAUUCCUGUUACUAAACCCUGUUAUUUUUUGAUAAAUUGUCUUCUGAUAAGAAGCCCUGCUUCCUCUUGCUGUGCUCCUUUGCUUCUUCUGCUAGAAAGUGUUACUUAGUAACCGGAAGCUGAUACUGCAAGAGAUGCGUUUUAAAUAUUCUUCCUCUUGAGUUUUCAAAGCGCUACAUUCCUCAGCACAUUUCCCUUAAUGUCCCUCUCUGGAGUCUUCAGUUCUCCUUUCCCAGCUCUGCUGCUGCUUGUGCUUACCUUUGACAACAGGGCUCCUUAUUUUUGAUUACAGUCACAGAUGUGAGUAGGAAGGAAAUGAAAAAGAAAUUAUGUGAGCAGAGAAUGAAAGGGAGCCUCCUGAAUUGUGGAGAUGGAAAGGAGAGCCACACAAAGGCCAGAACAUGCUGCUGUCCAUGCGGGUGGAAGUCUUAAGAUAGCUGCAUUUGAAUGUUUAAGUCACACAGAACUCCCCAUCUGGUUCUGGUGUGGUGUUUGUGUGCAUGUCUGUGAUUCAUGCAAUCAAAUUUGGCUUUGAUUUUGUCUUGCUGUUUGUGUAUUUUCAGCUUUUUUUUUUUUUUUUUGUCUUUAGCAUUACUUGAUCUGGCAGAAAAAAACAAACAAGAUCAUGUGUCUACCAUUUUUAAAUCUUUCCAUGAAAGCAGUCAAUGCAGGUGGUACGGAUGUGUACACAGGCUGACAUACUGGGCCUCUCUGGAGCUGUUUCUUACAUGAUUGUUACUGUUCUAGUGUGAAUAAGAGGCUGGCUUUGCCGCUGAGGCCCUGAGAAUGUGGACAGGACUGUAAGGGUCCCAGCUUUGUGCACCCAGAGUAUACACACAGUGGCUGUACCUGAUGUAGACAUUAAACUAAAGCUGCCAGACAGCAUUCUGAUUAACCACCUUAGUCAGAAAAUAUAUAUAUAUAUAUAUAUAUAUAUAUAUAUAUAUAUAUAUACACACACACAUAUACAUAUAUAUAUGUAUAUAUAUAUACAUAUAUAUAUACACACACACACACGAAAAUAUAUAUACAUAUACACAUAUAAAUGAGAUCUGUCUACCUCAAGUGUGUGUACUGCAGGAAACUUUUGUAUGACUAGAUAUUGACGCAGUGCUGUUAAAGUACAUUGGGAUUUCAUUUCUUCCUUGUGUACUUGAGCAACUGAGAAAUUAAUUACGAGCACACAAAUUCAGAAGCCUUUCAAAUCUAUCUCUUGCUGUAACAACUUACAAUACAAAACUUAUAACUUUAUAACCAUCUUUAGAAUCACUUGAAUUUGUUAUGGUGCUAUCAGUAUAUAGAAAACUCUGUUUAUAUGGAUGCAUAAAUUCAAGCCAGUAUUAAUACCUAUUGCUGGGGUUUUUGCUUGUAAUUGUGUGUAACUGCUUUUGCAAUGUGUUUAAUCUGAUAAAACCGCACCAGUAAAAAAACAAACAAAAACAAAUAAAACCAAACUAAAAACCCCCAAACCAACAAAAAACUCCAAAGUUACUCAGUUGUUUUUCUAAAUCACAUGUGAUAACAUCUUCACUACAAAAAUUGCCCUUGGGAGUGGUGUGACUCUGUCUGUACCAUAUGUUAGUCUCACUAAAAGACUACAGUGUAGAGCAAGGUCUUCUUUGGGUCAGAGCCUUGUUUAAUUUCUGUGACACUUAAGAGACAAUUUAUAUCAAGAUUAUAUUGGGUAAAGUAACCCUGAUACUGUUGAAAGUUGAACUAAAAUUUCAACACGGCCAUACAUAUUUCUUAGUCCUGAUUAGAUCAUGGUAGUUGAUUUUGGCUUUUGUGAAGAUGCCAUUACUGUGAAGCAGUUUUUACAAUUUCUUAUGCUGGUAAAUAGUUGCAGUAACGAAGUAUCUUGUUGCAUUAUCCUCAGCAGCAGUGAGACUGAUGAAUCACCUGGGCUUAGAGUCUCAUUAAGUAUACUUUCAUUAAAAAUAAAGAAUUCAAAUAGAAUAUAUAAUAUUGAAUUUAAAUAAGAUUUGGGGGUUUAAAUUUUAACUUUAUAAAAUUAUUUAUUCUAUUUUAAGCCUUCUGUCUUAUUUUACCAUCCAAGUAUUUUUGGUUUUAGUGGUCCAGCUUUAUUUACGGGCAUAUAAAUUGAAACUGUAAGAUGUUUUUACAAGCUUUUUCCUUUUACAUUGAGUUUGAGUAGCUUUCAUCUGUAUGUUUUUUGUUUUGUAUGGAUAAAGAGCAUUACUUAUGCUUUUGUGCAAUAGGUUUGAAACAUGCAUUUAUUAGGCUUAUGUUUAAAUUGUAAAUGUAGCAUCUACUUACCAUUACAUUUAAAAGGAAUGUAGAUGGCUUUUCUCACUUGUUCAAAUGGAGUUUUAUUUGGGGCUGUUAUUUGGGGGCGGGUGUGUGUGUUUUAUGCUUUGUUCAAUUUUUUACUUUACGAGUGAAAUGGGGGAUUUAAAAUUUCUGUAAGUACAAGAACUAUCUGUCAGCAAUAUUUUAAAAUAAACGAUCUUGCAAGAAACCUUAAUGUGAAUUGUGGAAGCAAUCGACAAGACUUGCAGCCUAUCUGAAAAUGUUUUGUGCCAUUGUUAGGUCUGGUAUAUUUGUGUACCAUCACACCUGGGAAUAUUUUUUUCUAUGGUUGUGCAAUAGUAUACACAACACUGUCACUCAGGAGAUAUGGGACCGUAAAAAAUAUCAGACCACAACUAUAAUGGUGCUAUUUUUUCCAGUAGGCUAUGAGCCUUUGAAAGCUUACGCUGGCUCUUAUUGUCUUUAUAACAACACAGUCCUAGGGGAUUUACAGAUUUUUUUUUUUUUCUACUAGAUGAUAAAUAUAACUUGCUGUUUUACAGCAUUCUGCAUAUUACAUUGAGAUAAAGAUAAUAGGAAGAAGCCAACCAGUCUGUACAUCAGUAAGAUGAAUCUUAGGUACACAUUUUGUACAGAAGGCUUUACUGAACAGAAAAAUCAAGUUUCUGCUUUUCCUCAGGUAAUCACUUCAGUUUAGAUGUUUCACUGAAAACAUUAAUGCAACUUUAGUUAGUCUGCCUAAAGUUUGUAACAGAAAUUGUUCCACACACAAGUCUCCCUACAUAAGAUACAAUUAGAUGUUACUUGGGUCUUGAGAUCUGUUUUUGAAGAAAAAGUUGCAGAGAACAAUAGUAAAGAACAUGGAACAAUGCUUCAAUCUCUGCUCUCAUCAAAACUUGCAGUCAGGACAAAAAUUAAGAACUUGGGUCUUGUGGCAAAUCAAUAGGUAAUGUGUUACCUGUUUAUUUAUAUACAAAUUAAAGGUAUGACUCUACUAUUUGUUCCAUAAUUUGUCCUACUUAGAGUUUUUUGGAAAUCUUUUGAAGCCACAAUGACCUGUCCAUGUCCAGCUGGUAGGGUAGGAACUACAUGUCCAAUUCUAUGAACAUUUACAUUGGUAACUUUACUAAUAACCUGGAUGCUUCCACAGAAACCAGUGGGAUCAUUCAUUCAAACAGAGGUAUGGCUGAAGGAAGAACUCCUGAGUUUUGAGUACUGAUGUUCCACUAUUUUUGUUAUUUCUGUUUGAAACGGAAAUAUUGGUUUGAUGGAAUCUUUAAUUCAAGUGACUUAUCUGGACAAAAGGAAAAUUUGUUCUUUCCUUCUGCAAACAGGAUCGUUUUGCAGUUAAGGGACAAUUAGCCAGUGCAACCACUAAGCCUUUUAUCCUCAUAUGUGGCAUAAUAAGAUUCUGUAACUGUCAGAGUGUAAAACCAUAUUUUUGGCUUAGCUUCAUUUAAAAGUUUACAAUUUUUUAUGCUUUGUGUUGCUGUGUAAUUUCUGUACUACUGGUGGCUAGUUUUGUCUGAAUAAGCCUUUGGGGAUUAAUGCUUAAUGUUUUAAUUUUAUGAUAGUGAAGCUUGUAUCCAGUGUUUUGCCAAUGAAUAUUAUAUGCUUGUUAAUAAAAGCAGAGAAACUAACUGA